AUGGUGAAUAUACCUCAGCAUCAACAAUUUAGUUUUCUUGGAGUAUACUCUGGAGGUAUAGAAAAUAUUAGGUGCACUCAAAAAGAUUUGUAUAAUCAUGGAAGGGAUAUACGUGCUGAUAUGAAGGGGCAUGAUGGUGAAAUGUUUUAUGAGUAUUUAAAAUUGAAACAAGAAAAGAAUCCCUCGUUUACUUUUCAAAUUGAGGCCGAUGAGGAACAAAAGAUUACUCGUUGUUUUUGGUCCAAUGCAAGUUCAAGGCGGGCUUACAAUUUUUUCGGUGAUGUUGUAAUCUUUGAUACUACGUAUAACACUAAUCGUUAUAGCCUGAUAUUUGCACCAAUAAUGGGGGUUAACAAUCAUGGUCAAACAAUUAUUUUUGCUUGUGGAUUUUUGAAUCAUGAGAGCAAUGAUGAUUUUGUAUGGUUAUUUAAUCAAUUUUUGGAAAAUAUGUCUGGUGGUGCCCCGAAGAUGAUUAUUACCGAUCAAGAUCCAGCUAUGACUAAGGCAUUCCCUCAAGUUCUUCCAAAUACUUUUCACAGGUAUUGUAGCCGGCAUAUAUUAAUGAAGUUUUCUGAGAAAAUUGAUGCAGUGAAGUAUAGUAUUUAUAAGAGUGAGUUCUCGGCUUGCAUUUGGAAAUCGGAGACUCCUCAAGAAUUUAAUUUACAAUGGGAAAGUCUGAUUAAGAAAAGUGGAUUAGAAGGAAACAAGUGGUUGCAAGAACAAUAUGAAUUACGGUCAAGAUGGAUUCCUGCAUAUGUUAAUCACGUUUUCUCAGUUGACAUGUCAAGUAGUCAACGAGCAGAAAGUGGACAUGCAUUUUUCAAGAAAUUCGUUUUGAAGAAUAAUUCAUUGGUGGAUUUUAUGAUACAGUUUGGUAGGGGACUAGUGCACCAACGUCAUGAGGAGUUGAUGGCCGAUCACAAAGAUGUAAUUGAGAAACCUAAACUUAGAAUAAAUCACGAUUUUUUGGAGCAAAUGGUUGAUAUUUACAUGAAUGAGAUAUAUUACAAGUUUGAGGCUAAAGUGUGUGACAGCUUUAACUACAAGUUGCAAUCUGAUGUACAUGUCGGCGAGAUCGACUCAGGAAUGGCAAACUUUGACGAUGAGAAGAAGCGGCGACGAACUUCUACUACUAGAGUCGGCGAUGAGAAGAAGUGGAGAUCUUUGACAACUUCGACGAGGGCAAGACCUUCGACGAACUUUAUUGACAAGCGGAGAGGGCUAUAG